AUGUCCUCGCACCAGCAGAAAUUGCUUGAUCAGCUCAAGAUCACAAACAACAAGAUCUAUGAGCAUUUACCGACGGAGAGACGACGUCCUUCUCUGAGACCGCUACCGAGAAGACGAGAACAGAGAAUAUUGCCGCUGCUACGACAAGAGUCCUUUUUCAGUGGUCUCGAGUUUCCCAAACCCAGAAAACAAGGCCGCCCUAGGUUGUACCUGGCCACGGUGAUAGAGCUGACAGAAUCCUCGUUUGUUGUCAAAAUCAAAUACAAUGUGCGGAACCGCAAGGCACAGAAGCUUCUUGGGGCUGGCUCCAGGACGCCUGUGGUGGAGGAAUUGUCUGCAUCGAGAACCACUCGCUCGUUGAAUCAAAAGACCCGUCAGGUCAAUGGAUCCAGUCUAAAACCGGCAAGAAACGUGGAGAAACGCCUGAGAACACCGAAAGUCAGCGUCACGCCCGAAAUCCCAGAACUUGACGAGACUGAAAUCAAAAUACGCAAGAAAGUCGCUUCUCCAGUGCCCCGGACCCACGAGUUGCCCUAUAAGGGUGUUCUUCCGUUUCCCGAUUGUACCAUCAACGAAACCGACCCCACGGCGGAAGAUCGAGCCUUGUUUGAUCGUUUUUUGGCUGAAGGUAAUCAACGCAGAAAACAGGCUGAAGCAGAGAUCUUUCAGGACUCUGCUACUGAGGACCGCAGCGUGGGGCUCCUCAAGUCUCAGAUACAGAAGAUCCAAUUCCGUGAUUACGUUAUCGACACUUGGUACUCGUCACCGUACCCUGAAGAGUAUUCCCGUCUGAAGAUCCUAUACAUCUGCGAGCAUUGUCUCAAGUAUAUGAGAUCUCCGGUUUCGUUCGAGAGGCACCAGCUCAAGAACUGUAACCUGUCUAACUCGCAUCCACCUGGUGUGGAAAUCUACAGAGAUACAGAGAGCCGAGUCGCUGUGUGGGAGGUUGACGGAAGAAAGAAUAUCGAAUACUGCCAGAACUUGUGUCUUCUCGCCAAAUUGUUCCUCAACUCAAAAACAUUGUACUAUGAUGUCGAGCCGUUCACCUUCUACGUGUUGACCGAGCUUGACGAAAAAGACCCAUCCAUGUAUCAUUUCGUGGGGUACUUUUCCAAAGAGAAGCUUAAUAAUUCAGACUACAAUGUCAGUUGUAUCCUCACCUUACCUAUCUACCAGAGAAAAGGCUACGGAAACUUCCUCAUAGACUUCAGUUACCUCUUGUCCAGAAACGAAUUCAAGUUUGGUACCCCUGAGAAGCCUCUCAGUGACCUUGGCCUUCUCAGUUACCGCAACUAUUGGAAGAUCACUGUGGCCCACACCCUCAAGCUGAUAUAUGACGAUUAUUUGAAGGAGGGAAGGAAGAUUGUGCUUUCACUUGAGAUUUUAUCGAAACUCACAGGAAUGAUUCCGUCGGACGUGGUUGUGGGUCUCGAACAACUUGAGGGCCUCAUCAAGAAUCCCUGCACUGGAGACUACGCCAUAGCACUUAACUUGCCAAAGAUCGAGGAAGUGGUGAACAAGUUUGCACUGAAGAAUUAUGUCACAUUAAAGGCGGACUUAAUUUUGUGGAAGCCAAUGAUCUUUGGACCCUCAGGAGGUAUCAACUCGGCACCGGCUACUUUAGCACAAGCACCUCCAAUCGAACAACUGCUCAGUACCACAGGCCAGCCCAUUGUGCCGCUCAAUAACAGUAUCUCCAUGAUAUCAGACUUUAUGAAAGAUGACAUCAAUAAUCCUUUCUCCUACGAAGAGGAAGCUCAAAGAGAAAUCGAGCAUUACUCCAAAGAACUCCCAGAGGAAGAACCCUCAAAGUUUAAUAUCAAUGUGGACGAGUUUGUGGUGUGUCAUCCAGAGUUUGAAAACGGAAUUCCUAUCAGGCAAGCCAACGCCGGUAAUGAAAAGGCCGUCAAGGAGGCAGUGGAGGAGCUUGACAUUUCGGAAGACGAAGAGCUGAGUGGAGAAGAAAGUGCAAAAGAUCCUGGUUUUGACACCGCCUCUGAGGCAGCCUUGGAGGAUGAGGAUAUGGACGAGGAACCUGUUAAUGAUGAUGGCUUUGAGGAGGAAGAAGACGCAGACGAAGCACCAGAGGAUGAUAGUGAAGUUGAUGAAGAUGAGGAAGAAGAAGUGGUCAUCAGGCCCAGGUCCAACGGAAGGGUUCUGCGCUCCUUGCGUAGCCAGCUGAAUGGCGAUAUUUAUGAUGACCCGUCAGACAUUGAAAUCCUCAGUGAUCCGGACGACUACCAAGCGACCCCCGAUUCCUCGCCAAUCAAACCGAAAUUACGCCCCACGUCACAGAAAGAACCAGCCACUCCACGAAGAACAUCUGCCCGUUUUGCACGCACCGGCACCAAAAUCCCAAUCACACCUGAGCAAACACGCCGGCUUAGACUGGCAAUACAGAAUAGCAUCAGCAAAAUUGCAUCGGCCGACACCGUCGGCACACUACGUCGUUCUUCACGCAGAAGAUGA